AUGCAAAUUGCGUUACAUGUUCAUCCGACAAAAAAAAGAAGUUGUUCCAUUUGUAAAAGUAAUUAUUACCCAAUACAAGGGCGGUGUGUACCAUGUGACUACGGGUGCACUUCAUGUAGUUCCACAACGGGAAAAUGUUCGGUGUGUCAAACAAACUUUGUGCCUUCAACUGUGAAUAACACGGCGUGUGUUCCAUGUGCAGAUUUUGAUAAGAAUUGCAAGACGUGCACAAUAUUGUUUGCGCGAUACUGCAACGAGUGCAAUGACCAUUUCAAGCCUUCCCCUGAUGGAAUUUGUGUGAGUUGUGAUCCUUCUUGUAACAACAAUUGCGAUCCAAUUUAUGGAACUUGCAUCACGUGCUCACCAAAUUACGUUGUCACAUCGCCAUUAUCAUACAAAUGUGAUAACUGCAGUGUUUUUGAUCAAUAUUGUGAUGAGUGUGCGUCAGAUUUCUCAAGAAAGUGUGUGACGUGUCGAGGCGGCAAAUACCCAAAAGAUGGUGCUAAUUGCGCCAAUUGUGAUUCAACCUGUGGAAAUCAGUGUGAUGGGAAAGAUGGUCAUUGUACUGGGUGUGUUACCAAUUACGUGUUGUCUGCCACAAACAGCUUAAAAUGUGAGAGUUGUGAGUCUUUUGAUCCAAAUUGUCAAACAUGUUCACCGACUUUACAAGAAAAUGUGUGA